AUGGCUGCUCUUCCAGAGGAAAUCAUCACACGGAUUCUAAGCUUUGUACCAGCCAAAUCUGUUGGCAGAUUUCGGAGUGUCUCAAAAGGUUGGCUGUCUCUUCUCACUCACCCUGACUUCAUUAAAUCCCAUCAAAAUGCCCUCAACAAAUUUCAACUCAUAUUCUUCACUACCAAGUCCAAUAACAACUAUCCUGCACUUUAUUCAAACUCAUAUAAUGAACCCAUUUUAAAACCUUCUGAUUUCGAGUUAGAUUUUAAACUAGGUGAAUUUAAUUAUGUCCAAGAUUUAAUUAUAUGUGGCUCUUGCAAUGGGCUUGUUUUGGUAUGGGCUAAAAACAUAGAUUUUGCUGAUAUUUUGGUGCUUUUAAACCCGACUACAAAAGAAUCAAUGGAACUCCCAGAAUUCUGUGACGAUUACCUCGACGAUUAUGAAGAUUUGGAACUUGACUCUAUGCAUGGUUUAGGUUCUGAUGGUUCUGGUGAUUUUAAGGUUGUUUCCGUAUUUUCCUUACAUGGUUUCUUUGCGUUGUCGCCUGGUCCUAUGUUUGUGCAUAUUUAUAGCCUUAAAACGAAUACUUGGAGGCAGUUAACUGAUUCUGUUGAUGAUUACAGCUGUAUACUUUCAAAGCGAGAAGGGGUUUUUCUUAAUGGGUUUAUUCAUUGGAUUGUUACAAAGUUUGUUAAUGGUAUAGGUCGAACGGUUAUCUUGGCUUUUAGUUUAGCAGAUGAGAAAUUUAGUGACAUGAAAGUUCCUGAGGGUGUUCAAAGUAUUGAUAUUAUGUCUCUUGAUUAUUGUCACCUUGAUGUUGCUGUUCUUGGCGGAAAACUUGCUUUGUUCAAUGAAAUGCUAGGUGAAAUUUGGAUGAUGAAUGAGUAUAGGAUAGAAGAAUCUUGGACUAAGAUUUUGCUCAAUGGAUUCCAUGAAAUUCCAAUGGUUACACCAUAUCGUCGUAAUAAGCCAAUGGUUUUUCACCACGAUGGGAAGUUCAUGGUUGCCAACAGCGAUCGGAUGAUGGUGUAUGAUGAUGAAAAGAAGACUUUUGAUGAAACUGUUUGCGUUUGGGAUCGUGAAAACUUCGAGGUUUAUGGUAGUUAUGUUGAGAGCCUUGUCUCGAUUGCUUCGUGCAUUGAACAAUGA